AACAGGAAGCGACGCUGGGGUUUUGGACGGGCGCGAGCCAUGGAAUUCUCUGAGGACAAGCUGAGGAAAUGGCUGAGCAAGUACAAAUUCCGAGAUCUGACCAUAGAAGAGCUGAAGAGUGUAAAUGAGUUGUAUCCAAACAUCACAUUCACCAUGGACACCUAUACUUUCAAAGACGGGUCCCAGAAAGACCUUUUGAAUUUUAGUGGCACUAUUCCAGUGAAAUAUCAGGGUAAUUCAUAUAACAUUCCAAUUUGCCUAUGGAUUUUAGAUUCUUAUCCUUUUACGCCUCCAAUUUGCUUCUUGAAGCCCACUACAAGCAUGGGGAUUUCUGUAGGAAAACACAUAGAUGCCCGUGGAAGGAUCUACUUGCCAUAUUUACAAAACUGGAGCCAUCCACAGUCAAUGAUCAUAGGGUUGUUAAAGGAAAUGAUUACAAAAUUUGAAGAGGAGCUCCCUCUGUACUCAUUAUCAUCUUCGGAUGCAGCCAGACAAUUGGAGCUGCUCACUUAUAUUGCAAAAAUCACUGAAGGUGAAAGCAACAUACAGUCAAGGGGAGAUGGGAAGAAAAACAAUGGAGGACUUAACAAAGUUACAGUGAUUGGAGCAGGGGAUCUGGGCCUCGCUUGUGCACUGGCUAUUUCAGCAAAGGGUGUUGCUGACAAGGUAGUUGUCUUGGACUGCUCAGAAGGCACAAUGAAAGGAGGAACAAUGGACCUGGAAAUCUUUGCCCUGCCAAAGGUUGAAAUCAGUAGAGAUUUUUCUGCCUCAGCAGACUCAAAAGUGGUGGUGCUUACAGUUAAUUCUUUAGGCAACGCUCAGUCCUAUCUGGAUGUCAUACAGAACAAUGUGGAACUCUUCAGAGGCAUUAUUCCAUCAGUAGCACAUUAUAGUCAAAACAGUGUACUGCUUGUGGCUUCUCAACCAGUGGAAAUAAUGACAUAUGUGUCCUGGAAGAUGAGUGGAUUUCCUAAAAGCAGAGUUAUUGGUAUUGGUUGUAAUCUAGACUCAGUGAGAUUCCAAUAUAUUAUUACAAACCUGUUGAAAGCCCAAACCAGAGGCAAAGAUAACUGGAUUAUUGGUGAACAAGGGGAAAACAAAGUGACAGCCUGGAGCACUUCUCAUUCAGUGACAAAUCAUCAGGGUGAAGAUUUAGCAAACCAUAACGCCCAGCAGCAAUUGGCUAACAGAGCCAUCGAAGUCCUGAAAGGAAAAGGCCAAAGAUCCUGGUCUGUUGGUCUGUCAAUAGCUGAUCUGACUGACAGUAUAUUGAAUGAUAAAAGGAAAGUACAUUCCAUAUCAACUAUGGUGAAGGGGUGCUACAAUAUAAACUGUGAAGUGUUUUUAAGUAUGCCUUGUGUACUUGGAAUCAACGGAGUGACUGAAAUGGUCAAAACAUUAGAUGAGGAUCAUGUGACAGAGAAACUACAGUCCAGUGCUGCAUCACUUCAUGACCUUCAACAGCAGUUGAAACUUUGAAUAUGUCCCUAAAAUAUUUGAGCAUUGCAAAAAAGACACUAUUUCUGCCUGGGUGCCAAAAUAGUACCUCACAAUGUUGAAGGUUUGCUACGUUCUAGGAGAUAGUCUAUUUC